AUGGCAGCUAAUGAUUACCGAGGCUACCUGAGGAACCACGCCGACAUGGAGGGCGCUCAGCCCCGCUACCACCCGUCCCAUGGCUCGGAACCGACCUAUAGACCUUUUAUAUUCGUUACUCUGGCUAUUAUGGGAUUGCUGCAGAUUGCAUCGAGUGUGGCGAUCUUGUUACACUUGACAGGUUAUCUCCAAGAGGUAAGACACCAUUUUCAAGACGCACAACGGCUGAUAACAGAACUAUGCGACACACUUGCGAGUUGCGACAUGUGCACAGGUGCGCGUCAGCAUUUUAUCUUGAACUUGCGGGUGGCUACUUUAAGUUAGACUUUAAACAAGCAACCUGACAAUAGGGUAGAACAAUCUGCAAAGUUGUUGCACAGUUUUUAAAUUGAAAUGUACUUAUAUUAUGUUUAAAAUGGAGAGUGAAAAGUAGGCUACAUUAAACAGUUGUGUUCUUUGCAUUGCUUUGGAAUAACCAAACAUAUGGCCUUUUGCUGUUUCAAGCGCACAGGGUUGAAUGUCAUUCAAGCUUGCAGGUUUGCGGAUACAGUUUGGGCUCGCAACUUCUUGAAAACUUGCAGCUGAGGUGCGCGAGCACUUUCAUUUUGAACAAUCUGUGCUCUCGACACCAAGUGGCGGUAAUUCUGUGAACUUGUCCCCAAUAGUAAAACCAGCUGUCAGCUCUGAAAUAGCAUAUUUCUCUACUGAUGAGAUUGUCUGCCCAGAUGAUAAGGAGCUAAGUUAUUUCAGCAAGCCAGUAUUUUCCAUGUCACAGACCUUAUCAAAGCAAUCUCCCGUUUUCACAACGAUAGUGAGUGUUGCCAAAUGGGGAUAGUGUAGCCUAUAUAAAUAUUUAAUUCAAGUAAUCUUGUUCGUAAAAUACAUCUGUUUUUACUUAAGCAGGCAUGUUUACUCUGUUAUUUACUGUUUUCAGUCGGAAAUGUAUCAAUCAUAAACGGACAAUAAACAAAUGUUUCUUAAAGUGUAUGAUGUAGUUUGGGGAGAUGGGCUGCACCAAGAGGUUUUAAAAACCAACCAAUAAUCUCUCCUAAAGAUGUUUAACUGUUCUCAAAUUCAAAUCCAAAUUAAAAAAUGCUUUAUUGACAUGAAAUAAUUACACAUUGGUAUUGCCAAAGUAACAAUACACAAUAUAAAUAUGUAUCAGCUUUUCUUAGCUCCAGGUCUUCUCCAGUCAAGCCAUUGAGCCCUCAGCACAGAGAGAGACAGAAUAACAUGUCAGUGAUAUUUAUCUGCUUCAGUGCCAGUCAGGUAGCUAACCUGUCAUGUACCACUAUCACCCUGCACAAGCAGUCUUGUGUAAGACAGCAUUAACAUUAUUUCUGGGUUGUUAUUAUUGCUUUAUGGUGGUUUCUAGAGUUGAAUGAUAGUCAUGUUUCAACAAGCCAAACAACAAGAAGACAUUUCAGUUCCAUCAUGAUGCUCCAUCAGUCUUCACACGUAGGCCUAAUGAAGCCCAGCAUGGGGUGUGUGUGUAUGGAGAGAGCCUGCUGCAGAAUGUCAAUAUUGGUUUGACCUGUCUUUUGGCAUAAACACAGUAGUGUGUCGGGAGCUUGUUAACUCCUGGAGACGAGCCCAAGUAGGAGCGAGAGAGAGGGGGGCGGAGAGAAGGACAGAGAUAGGGGGGAUUGAUGAGAAUGAGAUAUAGCUAGAUAGAGUUAGGGAGAGAAAGAGAACGGGAGACCGGCAGAAAAAGAGAGGGAGAGAGAUGGUAGUGAUGGGGGGAAAAAACGAUACAUUUACAUAUCAGGAUAUUAUUUUUGGCAAUGUAUCGUUUUAACAAUAUCGUUGCGCUAGUUGGCUGUGCCUGCAUCAAAACUCCAGCUUUUUUCCUUCAUAGCUUGUUCUCCAUCUUCUUUUUAAAUAGGGAGCCAAUUUGUUUUCAGCACUUUUAUUUCCAUGACUGAUCAAAACAAAUUUUUCUCAUGGCUCUCUUGUCUCUGCAGCAGCCAUAUAGUGAGCAAUAUGUUUGCAACAUCGAAUCACAAUAAAAUCACAGUAUCGAAUCACAAUACAUAUAGAAUUGUGAGAAUCGCAAUACAUAUCGUAUCGGCACCUAAGUAUCGUGAUAAUAUCAUAUUGUGAUGUCCCUUGCAAUUUCCUGCCCUAAGAGAUGGUUCAGAUGGUAGAGCAUUGCGCUUGCAACGGCAGGGUUGUGGGUUUGAUUCCCACGGGGGUUUGAUUCCCAGUAUGAAAAAGUAUGAACAUUUAUGCACUCACUACUGUAAGUCGAUCUGGAUAAGAGCUUUUGCUAAAUGACUUAAAUGUAAAAAUGAGAGAUGUAUUUGGCACGAGGACCAGAUUGAGUUGGUAAACGGAUGCAGAGAGAACCUUUGCUGUGAGCCACCAAACCACCUAUUAAAGUCUCCCAUUCAGACUGUCCUGACCUGGUCCUGGAGUAAGGGACCGUCUGAUUGAGCUGAAUUAGCUCUCUACUAAGUGAAGGGAAAAAGAGACACUGAGCCGUUCUCUGAAUAAACAAACAAUCUUCCCGAUGACAGCCCAUAUGGUAGCACUUUGAGGUGACUCAUGAUAUAGUAGGCCCCAGAUAUUGGCACUACACCACUCGCCCUGUCUGAACACCUGUAGGAGUUACUGUAUCUGAUGGGGGAGCAGGAGGCAGCACAGCACCAUGCCUCAGGAGGAAUGUGCUGCUCUAGGCUGUUUAUAAACACUCCUCAGACUCUGAGGAGCUGAUAGACCAGGAUGUACAGGACAUCUGGUUCUAGAUUGGGGUAUAGGGAUGGGAAUGGGUAUGGUUAUGGGCAAUAGUUGAAGAGGCCUGGUGCUGACCAGAACAGAGAACUGGCACCUCUAAUCUAUGGAUACACUGCCUGCCAAGCAGUCACUAAAUGUCAGAGUAGGUCUUCCAGGUUUCAGUCAGUGAAUUGUGACACGCUUGAGGCUCCCUGUCAACAAACUGUGUCUGUUUUACUCUGAUAAAUUAGGGGGAUUGUUAGGUAAUAUGUGUCUUCCUAAUGCCUGUGUUUCUGUUUCCAGGUCGAUCUCUCCUCCGCCCCGCAGCAGCUAAUGGAGGUGAGUCGACCCCUGUCUGAUCAUAAUAACCAGUACUCUCAUUGGUCCACAUUAGAGGGUUUUUACUGUACUGUUCUGUACUUCCUG